AGCCUGCGUGAACACAUAGAACAGCUGGUCAAGCUAUGUUUUGAAUACAAGGUGUAAUUCUCCUAGUUUUAUGUUUAGUAUGACAGUAAACUUUAACUUAGAAUAGCAUUAAACAGUAAAUAAGGAGGAGCUGCAAGGAGGUUAAAGGUCAAGGCUCAUGAAUUUUGACCUCCUCACAGGCUAACGAUGACGUCACGUCAGGUAGCCUGAAGCUGAGCAGCAUUGUUUGUUUACGGUCGAGGUGCCUGCCUAUUGAUAAUCAUCACAUACAUAUGCAUUAGUACAUCUAGCCAACAAAUCGACUAAAACUACACACAUGAGCCCGAUGCUAACAACAGCUAGCAUCGUUUUUGGUUUGCCACAGCGGCAUUGCCAAACGUAGCGGAAAGGUAGUGCCAUGAUCGCCGCCGUUAUAAAAAAGCUUUGCUGCUUUAUCGUACGCGAGCAGAGAAAUGAGCAACGAGGUUAUUACCUGCAAACGAACAAGUGUACGCUCCCAGUCAAGCCCGUGCAUCACUAUGGUAACAUGACUUGCCGGUGGAUAGCGGGAGCUUUGAGUUUACUUCCGGUGUCAUGUUAAAAGAAUAAAAGUUAUGUUAAAAUAGUAAAAUUGCGCGGACGCCUAAUCAGUGUUAGAAUUGUUUUAUAUUUUGUCAUAUAGUAAUUGUUGACCUUACGAACCAAAAUAAUUUAUAAAACAUAUAACCGGAUGUGCUCGAGAGUAUCAACCUUUAUAUUCUGGAAAACGUGAACCGGAACUAGCCAAUUGUUUGCAUCUUCUGAUAGCAAUGGCUGUCUCACUCGCCAACCUCCUAAAAGUUUUAUUUAGGACAUAACUCGAGGAAAUGAGCUCUUCUUCUAACCAGAGGACAUUAUUUCAGACGUGGGGUGCGUCUGUUACUCCAACUAACCUCGUUCGGCCUGCAAAUGAAAGAAAGAAAGUCGCUGGUUCGCGCAAAGCGAGCCAAAGAAAUCUUGCCCCAAACCCACUCUGGGCUGAGCUUGGACCAAGAGACACUCAAAAAGAGAGAAGUCAAACUGCAGAAAUUCCCAAAGCUUCUCUUGAUGAUGAAGACGACGACGAUCUCAUGAUUAUUGCUGUCACUGAAGCCGAAGAGAACCUACAAAAGAAGAAUGUCAGCUCACUCCAAGAUCAGAUGCACCUGCCUUCUACUCCAUUAUUUGGGAACGUCACUUAUCCAGACUUCCCUGGUUUUGACAGCUCCUCUGCAACAGUUUGGAUUUAUCCUACUAAUUUCCCGAUUAGGGAUUACCAGCUCAACAUAUCGAAGGCCGCAUUGUUCCAAAACACAUUAGUGUGCCUCCCCACAGGUUUGGGGAAGACAUUCAUCGCGGCAGUUGUGAUGUACAACUUUUAUCGCUGGUAUCCAGCUGGGAAGAUCAUCUUCAUGGCCCCCACCAAGCCACUGGUGGCGCAGCAGAUUGAGGCUUGCUACAAAGUCAUGGGCAUCCCUCAGGGUCACAUGGCUGAGCUGACUGGCACCACAGCGGCCCAGCAGAGGCAGGAAAUGUGGCGCUCCAAGCGUGUCUUCUUCCUCACGCCUCAAGUGAUGAUGAAUGACCUGUCCAGAGACACAUGCCCGGCCCGGCAGGUCAAGUGUGUGGUGAUCGACGAGGCCCACAAGGCACAGGGAAACCAUGCCUACUGUCAGGUAAUCAGACAGCUCAGCAGUCAAACUCAGCAGUUCCGCGUCUUGGCACUUAGCGCCACUCCAGGGGGGAACAAAGAGUCGGUGCAGUCCGUGAUCUCCAAUCUGCUCAUCUCCCAUAUCGAGCUGCGCUUGGAGGAAAGCCCUGACAUCCUGGCUCAUUCGCACCAGCGUAGCGUGGAAAAAAUGGUGGUGCCGCUGGGGGAGGUUCUGGCUGCUCAGCAGGCUCGCUACUUGCAGGUGCUGGAGAAGUUCAUGUCUCGUCUGGUCCUGAAUCGAGUGAUGGCCCACAAGGAUCUUCAGAGUCUCUGCAAGUACCAGCUCAUCCUUGCCAGGGACCAGUUCCGAAGAAAUCCCCCAACUCAUAUCAAGGGAUCACAGCAGGGAAUGCUGGAGGGAGACUUUGCCCUUUGCAUUAGCUUGUAUCAUGGCUACGAGCUACUCAUGCAGAUGGGACUCAGGUCGCUCUUCUUUUACGUCCAGGGCAUCAUGGAUGGGUCCAGAGAAUUGUCCCGAGUCAGGAAUGAGCUGCAGAGGACUCCUGUUUUCAUGGACCUUUAUCACGAGAUGGAGGCAAAGUUUGGGAAGCCAGCUGGCUCCGAUGAACCUUUCAUUUACGGUCACCCCAAGCUGCAGAAACUAGAGGACGUGGUGCUGCAACACUUCCGCUUGUUGGUCCAACACGCGUCCGACACUAAUGGUUCGGGUGCGCAGGAAGCGAGCACGCGGGUGAUGAUUUUUUCGUCGUUCCGUGAUAGCGUGCAGGAGAUCGCCUCCAUGUUGAACCGCCACGGCCCGCUGAUCAGAGUCAUGACAUUCAUGGGGCAAGCGUCGGCAGGGAAAGGAGUCAAAGGUUUCACUCAGAAGGAGCAACUGGAGGUAGUGAACAGGUUCCGUCAGGGAGGCUUCAACACGCUGGUGUCCACCUGCGUAGGGGAGGAAGGGCUUGACAUCGGUGAGGUUGACCUCAUCGUGUGCUUCGACGCGCAAAAGAAUCCCAUCCGCCUCGUGCAGCGCAUGGGCCGCACUGGACGGAAGAGGCAAGGACGCAUUGUGGUUAUCCUGGCGGAGGGACGCGAAGAAAGGACGUACAACCAGAGCCAGAGCAACAAACGCACUUUGUUGAAGUCCAUCGUGGGCACGAAAAGUGCCUUCCACAUGCACCCCAACAGUCCCCGCAUGCUGCCCGACUGCAUCACCCCCACUUUGCAUAAGAUGCACAUCACCUCUGGCCAGUUUGACCACCGGGACAGCAACAAGAAGUCUUCAACGGUCCGCCGGUCCUUCGCCCAAGAUCGGGCCUCACUCAUCCACCCACAAAACCUCCUUUGUCAGGAGGGAGCUGCUUCCGGUGCUUUCUUGAGCAACACAGAAUAUUCUCUGUGGGUGUCCACCAUGAAGCUGGCUGAAAAUGAACCGCAACCAACCUUGAGGCAAUCAUCAAACUUCAUGUCUCUACCAAAUUAUGGACCACCUCCGGAGGACGCAGCCAGAGACGCGCCUGGGAGAGAGCUUUCCCUUUCGGAAUGGCGGCACUGGCAACAUCGAGCAUUUCCAACCCAUGUGGUCGAUCACUCCCUGCGCUGCCAGCAUUUCACAAAAGUGAUGCAGCUCGUCGACAGCAUGCGGGAGGAAAACGAGGGCGACUGCGCUUACGAGAAGGAGUUAUUAUCUCACCUCAACAAAGCUGACACAGACGGCCGUCGAAAAAAGAUUCAGAAAAACACCUGCUCCAAGACUAAGAGGAAAUCAGUGGCUGCUUUGGAACGCCAAGAAAGGAACAAAGAAGAGAAGAAUGCACAAACGAUAGUCGAGAAACUAAAGCCUCGUGUUGAUCCGUCAGUUGCACCUCAGUUAAUCAACGAGGAGCCGGUCCUCAUUGUUGAAGAUGACAAACAAAAUGAUUCACCUAAGGCUGAGGAGGUGCUAAUCAAUCAGGAUGAUGAAGAUGCUGAACUUCAGGCCAUGUUCUAUCUCCCCAAAUGGGAUUCCUGGCCUUCCGCUUCUGUCAUCCCGGGAAGAGACCAGAACCUAAACGCCAUCCGGGACAACGUUGCCGAGCUCCUGUCCCGAUCCCCGCCGCCUUCCGCGGAUUUAGACACGCUCACGGUGGACUCGAUCCGCCCUCCUCAUCCCGAUCCUCCUCAGCCGUUCCACGUCAGCUUCGCCCUGGAUGUCGAUGAAGAUGAUGAAGUCAUGGUGAGUCAUUCUGAUAACGCGGGGUCAGAUAUUAACGUUCCUCCGGGAGAUGAGGAAGAAUACCGGAAGCAACUGAAGUCUGUCAGUAGUCCAACCUGGGAUGAGGUCUUUGAGGAUGGUGGCGCCAAUGAAGCUAAAAAAGACGAGCAGAGCGCAGGAGAGGAAACAAACGCGGACUCGAAAACAAAUGAGCAGGCUGCGUGGGAAGACCACCUAGAUGACAGCAUGGACCUGUUUGGUGACGAUGAAGCCUUCCUGCAGAUGACUAUCGCAGACAUCCACCCCCCCAAAAAUCAUGACACAUCUCGGACCUCGCCCAGUGUGGAGGACAUCGCUACCAGCGCAGAGGUUCCCUUGGAGACAUGUGACACAGGAAUUAAACAGACAGUGGUGUCAAAAAGUGUAGAGUUGUCUGACAGCUUGGACUUUCCUGUCAAUUUUGACCUUGGCUAUUCCCUGGAGGACUCAGAGGAGGAAGAAGACGCCAUGCCAUUGAACACCAGCUUUCCACGACCUCCAGCUUCCUUGCAGGAGGCCUCGCCAUGUGUAAACAUCCAUUCGUCAACACCUUACAGCUUUCACAGGCCUGCUGCACCUUCAUCCCACACCAAGUUCCCUACACCUCAGAUGCUCUCAGAGAGGAAAACUACUCAUCUCGCGUCGCCGUUGACGUCCACAGCGGUGGGCCCGGCGGUGUCAUCGGGUUCUGCUGGGCCUCGCGCCGUUCGUCUCUUUCGCAGGAGUCUGAAACGAAAACGACCAGAAGAUGGCCCAACUUCAGCAGUCGAACCAAAGGACGAUUCUGACGCCCAUCGAGCGGAGUGCAUUUUAGACAGCGAUGAUGACGUUGUUGUCCACAAGAGAAGACAAGGCAACAAGGUCAAUCCUUUGUCGUCGCCAGAGGCAGCGUCCAACAUCGUGGCUGAUGCAGACUCGCCACUUGUGAGGAAGAAACGUGUGACGGCAUUAAACAUAUCUGAAGCCGACGAUGACGACGAUUUCCAGAGCGAGCGUGCGCCCGCAUGCAAACGAGCGAUACGGCCAAUCCAGCAAAUCAACACCAAGCGCAACAAAUGUCAAAAGGGACGUGAGUUCCUGGAUGAAGAAGCGGUGCUGUCGGAGGACGAGGAGGGCGCGGUGGUUUCGUCCGACGAGGAUGACGGAAGAGAGCAGAACCGCUCUCUCGAUGGCUUUGUGGUGGACAAUACGCACUUGUCUCAGGGACUAAAUGACUCUGAAAUGCGCGGGAUAUACUUGAAGUCUGUGCAAAGCCCAAUUGUCGGUGGAAGGUAUAAAAUGUCCUACAAAAAUCUUCAUAACCCAGACAUCUUCUCCCAGGUGCCCGAGCAGGACGAAACCUACAAAGAAGAUAGUUUUGUGGUGGGAAGCCAAGAGGAAGAGGAGGAGGAGGAGGAAGAGGAGAGCUCUGAGGAAGCCGUGGAGCUGAUGCCGGAGGACUCGUACGUGGACGGGAGGAGGCAAUACGCCACGCGGCGCCGUGUCUUUUUGCACAAAGCCAGAGCAAACACCGGCGCUUCGACGAGCGUGGCCGGAUGUCGGGCGGAGCCGAGGAGCAAGCGUGGCCGUGUUCUGCGCUUGGUAGAUUCAAGCGAGGAGGAAGAAGGGGUAGAUGGUUCGGAACCACCCAAGCUUAUAAAACAUUUGCCACAACGGAAGUCCUCCUCUUUGACUUCUUCAACCAUAUCCAAGGUUAGCCCGGGACAGAGGGAAGAACGGCAACAAGAGAGGGGUCGCCAGAGGAUAGAAAACCAACAUACCCUUUCUGACCAGCUGGACUUUGAAACGUCAAAGUCACUUGAUGCGUCCAAACAGCCUCAGGAGCCUCCAUCCACCAUCCCAGAUCCUGUCAGGGCCGGUCCGUCCAUCACAGAGACUCCGAUCUGCAUCCUGGUGGACAGUCGCUGCCUCAGCGGCAGUGUGGAACUCGUGACCAGCUUACGGCAGCAUCACAGCGCCACCGUCCACGUGUGCUCUCUGGACGGUAACUACUUUGUCGUCAGCGCCCGCAUGGCCGUGGAGAGGCACGGCCAGUCGGAUCUAGCGUCCCUCCAAAACCGCAAGCGACUGGCCGAAAGAUUGAACAGCGUGCAGGAGCACUUUGAGCGCAUUUGUUUGAUUGUGGAGAAGGACAGAAUCAAGCCAGGUGAGACGACCCGUUCCUUCCAGCGCACGCGCUGCUUCGACAGUACCCUGUCGGCCUUGGUACGGACCGGCGUGCGGUUGCUGUGGAGCGACGGCCCCCAACAGAGCGCCGCCUUGCUGGUCGAGCUGGUGCGACUGGAACAGCGCAAGGGGCAUGCCGUCGCUCUGCCCUCCUCGGAGCUGAGCGGGCGGCAGGACCUGCAGUUCUACUUAAGCCUGCCCUCCGUCAAUUACGUCCACGCUCUCAACAUGAGCCGCCGCUUCGGAUCCGUGGCCCAGCUCGUCAAUAGCUCAGUGGAAAGCCUGGAGCACGAAGGCGGCAUGAGUAGAGCGAGGGCCGAGGAGAUCUAUCGCUUCCUGCGCUACAGCUGCGAUUCCUUCCUCGUGGACCAAGCGGGAACGUCCCGGGAGACGGUUUUUGCACCUCGAGCUUCAACCGGAUAAAGCUCAGAACAUUUGCACAAACCCACCCAUGUAGAGUAACGUGCGUUCUAUUUAUUUUUAAAAUGUUGGGAGCAGCUUGUGCUGAAAGGAAGUCAACAUUUGGCACAAGGAUAUUUUGUCUGGACAAAAAUAUGGAUGAUUAUGUUUACAGCUAUCCGAAUGUAAAUUUCAGUACAUUAAUAAAAAAAAGUAUAUGUUUUACAAAAACUAUCUAGUGUACCAUAUGUAUGUAAUGUAUUUUUAUUUUUUUUUGUGUGGUUUUGGUUUUCUUUGAGGGUGUAUCGUAAGCACAUGAACGAACAAAAAAAAAAAAAACAUUCAAUAAGGCCAUGUGCCUUUUAUUGAUAAUCAAACAGAUGACAGGAUUUCAGCACAAACGACAUUGUAACAGAAUUUGGAUUCAAAACGGGCAUAAAUAAUCUAGUGAGAGAAGAGUACCAAAAUAGGUCAUACUUUCACAGAUAUGUGCUUAAUUUAACACAUUCAUCACACUGCUUUGAUAAAUGUUUUGUAAUAGUUUUGGGUCCAAGCAGAUUUGUAUUUAUUUUUGGAGACAUUCAAAACCAGCAUUACAUACACAUUCUCUGCAUCGGCCAUUUGGUUUCUAAUUCACUGUGGUGGGACGGUGAUCAUUUGGUAUGGUCAGGUACACUGAAAAAAAAUGGUCACAGAAAAUGGACUUUACUGUUAUCGGACGGUCAGCUUUUUUUUUUUUCUUUUUUUUUUUAUGUGACUGCAUCACUAA